AUAUAGGUAUGAAUUGGUGUGGACUGGGAGUGAAGGCAUCUGUAUAUAGAAGAGGCAAACCGUGAGAAUCAAUUGUGCGGUAAAUAGUUGUGAGAGAAAUACAAUGGAAAUGGAGGACAACAUGGAUCUGACGGGCAGUUCGUUCAUAAACGUCACGCUCGCCUUCUGGACCAACGAAAAUGGUUUGGCUGUCCCUCCGCAGGCACUACACCGACAGCCCGACAAUGAAAACUCGCAACUCUUGGACUCAUUAAAGGAUGCAAACAGUUAUGAGAAACAUUCAAAUCAAGUAUUGAACACAAAUAGCGGACAAAAUUCAUUGUCGGACACGAGUGGGCGAAAGGAGCCGGCGUUUCAGCGUUUGAUUAGUAGUCUAUUGAGUGAUCAGUUUGUGGCCAUUAAAGACGGCCCUAAACUCAAAGAUAAUGACAAUAUGAGUGGAUCUCUGGCGGCAAACGUGUCUCACAUUACCAAAAGAGUGAUCGACAACUUGACGGACAUUACAAACGACACAUUCCUGUGCUCGCCAUCAGAGUUGGCCUCAAAUGAGUGCAUUUGGGGUAACAUUACGGGCGCCGAUAACUCCACUGUCUUGCCUACCACUCCCCGACCAGACCGAGUCUAUUGGGCCCUAUUCUUAGUCAUUCUUCCAAUUCUGGCGCUUUUUGGCAAUAUUCUCGUUAUAUUGAGAGAGCGAACCCUACAAACGGUCACCAAUUGGUUUAUAGUGAGUCUGGCUUUCGCUGAUUUAUUCGUUACCAUUCCUAUGAGCCAUAACUACAGAGUGUGGGCUAUAAAGGCAUUGAGUCGUUGA